UUAACCUUCAAAAUAUCAGGAUAGAUAUUCUUCGGCUGGAAACAUUGACUUUACCAGACAUUCUGUUAUGAAUAAAUUCUAUUAAUGUUUACUCUUUUAAUGUUUACUUUUCUACUGAAAUAAUCAUCACGCUGACGUGUCCAUGAUAACAUCAUCCUUGAUAUAAAUAAUUUUUUUCGAACAGUACGACACGCGGCACUACUUCGUUUUCAAUAAUUUCUUAAUAGGGCCAAUAUUGUUCACCUAAACUCGUUUAAACAUUGAUUUUGCCGUUUAGAAACGAUAUAAAGCAAAUUCUAUUAGACCGAUAUUAUACGAAUAUUUUUUCAUUCCUCCUUAUAUUUCUCAUGAAAGAAAUGUUGGGAUUGCUUUUUUUAUUAGUAUGUUCUCCUCUUUUUGUGAAUGCAGUGAAUAGAGACACAUUUAAAACGUGUGAACAAAGCAGCUUUUGCAGACGUUGCAGAAAAGUUGAACCUGGAAAAUCACCAUAUCAACUUUUAGUAGAUACAUUUACUUUCAAUGAAUCCAAUGUAAACGUAGACUUGUUUAAUAAGGAUACAGGUGCUCUUUAUGUACUACAAUUGACUGGCCUAAAGGACAAUACAUUUAGACUUCGUAUCAAUGAAAAGAAUCCAUUGCAUCCAAGAUAUGAAGUUGAACAUGCCCUUCAGGAUCAACCUCAAACAGCUGAAUUAACUUUGGUUGAAAGAACUACGGAUCACGUAACUGUAAAGAAUGGGGGGAACAAAGCUAUACUAUAUACUUCACCAUUUAGGGUAGAUUUGUACUCUCAGGACGUGUUAGUUGUAUCUGCAAAUGCUAGAGGUCUCAUGAGAUUCGAGCAUCAUCGUGCAAAGCCUAAUAAAUCAGAACAAGAAGAAAAUGCAGAAAAUGUUGAAGCAACAAAUAAUAAUCAAUUCCCGGGCGAUGGAGCGGAAAAUGAUCCUGGUGCAUGGGAAGAAAACUUCAAAUCAUAUCAUGAUUCAAAACCUUUUGGUCCAGAGGCAGUAGCCUUGGACUUUAGCUUCCCUGGAGCAGAACAUGCGUAUGGUAUACCGGAACAUGCAGAUUCAUUUGCUUUGAAAUCAACAAAACAAGCUCACCCGUAUAGAUUAUACAACUUGGAUGUGUUUGAAUACGAAACCAAUGAAAGAAUGUCAAUUUAUGGAGCUAUACCUGUUCUCUACGCUCAUGGUAAAGAGAGAACAACUGGCGUCUUUUGGCACAAUGCCGCGGAAACGUGGAUCGACAUUUUGUCAAGUGCUGACAAUAACGUUGUAGAGAGCAUUGUAAACUUUGUGUCUGGUUCCGCUAAAAAAUCCCAGGUUGAUGCUCAUUUCAUGUCAGAGGCUGGUGUUAUUGAUGUAUUCUUUAUGUUAGGACCUCAGCCUUUAGAUGUAUUCAAACAGUACACCAUCUUAACGGGUACAGCACCUUUGCCACAAAUGUUUACACUAGGAUAUCACCAAAGUCGGUGGAAUUACAAUGAUCAAGAUGAUGUCAUGCAAAUAGCAGAGAACUUUGAUGUACACGAUGUACCAUUGGACGUCAUGUGGCUGGACAUUGAAUACACGGAUAGUAAAAAGUACUUCACUUGGGAUAGUCGUAAAUUCCCGAAUCCAAUUGAAAUGAUACAUAACUUGACCGCGAAGGGUAGAAAAUUGGUUGUUAUAAUCGACCCGCAUAUCAAACGUGAUUCGAAUUACUUCCUUCAUAACGACGCUACCAAAAUGGGAUACUACAUUAAAACAAGAGACGGAAAGGACUACGAGGGUUGGUGCUGGCCAGGAUCGUCUUCGUAUUUAGACUUUUUCGAUCCAAAAGUACGGGAGUACUAUAUCAGCCAAUAUAGCUUAGAUAAGUUCUAUGGCACUACUAAUGACGUGUACAUUUGGAAUGACAUGAAUGAACCAAGUGUGUUUAAUGGUCCUGAAGUUACUAUACCUAAAGAUGUCAUCCAUUAUGGAGGUUGGGAGCACAGAAGCGUCCACAACAUUAACGGACUUCUUUUACCCAUGGCCACAUACGAAGCUUUGUUUAAAAGAUCCGGAGGUACUCUACGGCCAUUUAUACUAACAAGAUCCUUCUUUGCCGGAUCACAACGUUACGGAGCGAUGUGGACCGGUGACAACAUGGCUGCCUGGGACCAUUAUCGAGUAAGCUAUCCAAUGUGCCUCUCCAUGGCCAUUGCGGGAAUGUCAUUCUGUGGAGCAGAUGUUGGAGGUUUCCUUAGAAAUCCCGACCCUGAACUAUUCGUCAGGUGGAAUCAGGCUGGCGCUUGGCUUCCUUUCUUCCGACAGCAUUCUCAUAUUGAGACGAAACGCCGCGAGCCUUGGACGUUCAAUGAAGAAAAUCUCCAAAUCAUCAGAGAGGCAUUCAGAAUGAGAUACUCGUACUUACCGCUGUGGUAUACACUCUUCAGAGAGCAUGAAGUAAAUGGUACACCAGUGAUACGGCCAUUAUGGGCUCAUUAUCCCACCGAAACAGAAACAUACACCAUUGAUGAUGAAAUACUUGUUGGAGAUUCUAUAAUUGUACAUCCAGUCUUUCAACCAUCCGUUACGGAUGUUAAUGUGUAUUUCCCUGGCGAGGGCAAAGUAACUUGGUACGAUAUUGAUACCAUGCAACCAUACCGCCAGUCGGGCUUGGUUAAUAUCCCUGUGACUCUCCAUAAAAUUCCUGUGUUCCAAAGAGGUGGUUCUAUAAUUCCACGCAAGAUGAGAAUACGUCGUAGCACGGUCCCAAUGAAGAACGACCCGUACACUUUAAUAGUUAUCGCUGAUUCUGCCGGCAAAGCUAAUGGCACAUUGUACAUUGAUGACGAAGCUAGCUUCGAGUAUCGUCAUGGGAAAUAUUUAUAUUUGAAACUUAAUUUGGAUGGGAAUAAACUAACAUCAACGUUUAUAGAUAAAUUAGCUUCAUAUCAGACAGAAAGUUGGUUGGAAAGGGUAGACAUUGCCAACCCACCGCAAGGGGUCACAUCUGCUGUAUUAACUUCACGCAGUUUGGGGAAAGUUACUUUGGAAGCCAAAUACAAUCCAAAUAAUAACGUAUUAACCGUGCGUAAACCAGGUGUAAAUAUGGGUGAAGAAUGGACGAUUGAACUGAUUCACUAAAUUCACAGAUUUAUUCAUCGUAAUCUUAGUAAUUAUACAAUAACGUCAGUUUUCUUUUAUCCGUGCAUUUUUUCAGCUGUCUGUGAUCAAGGGGACAUUGUACACUAUAACAGAACAAAUACACCCUAGAGAUACGAUGUAAAUGGUACAUUUAUUACUUUGGCGAAUUAAGAGAUCAUUUCUGUUUACUCGAGUAGUGGUCAGUAAUAAGCCAUUACGUAGCUACUAAAGUUUAUAAUCAUGAACGUCAUCUUUGAUAAAAAUAACUACAUGUAUUAGAAAUAGCAGUCUCAUAAACAUGUUUCUAAAAAAAAUAUUCAAAUUCUUUCUUAAUAUAUCAAAUCCUAUUGCUUAUAUGUUUUGUAUUUUCUUCCAUCUUUUAUAAAUGUGUUCCCGAACCAAGGAUUGAUUUAAUCGCAUAAAAAUUGUGUAUCUGGGAAAAACGGUAAACACGAAAUACAGAGAAAUAUCUUAAUUUAAUUAAAAAAAUGUUUUAUUAUAUUAAACACGUUCUGCUGGUGCUUGCUUAUGUGCUAAAUACAAAAACACUAUUGAGGAUAAUGCGGACACUAAGAAGAUCACGUCGAACCAUCUAUGAUAAAAAUUAAAUUGCAAUUCUCCUAAAACUUGGGUAAUUAUAAUGCGAUAUUCUGCCGGCAUAUUCAUCCGCAUUAAAAGUACAGAAGAUACGAAAUACAUACCCUGCAAAAAGAAACAUAAUUCUGUUACCGUAUAUUUCUGAAAUUAUAAUUAAUAUUGGAGAAGGGAUAGUCUUACCAUUAUUUGAGCAAGUAUAAGUACAAUAAUAUUCGAUGAUUUGCUACUCGAUAUAGCAUAAAAAAACUGAAAUAGAAAGGAAUAAUAUUAGUUGCCUAAUAAGAAUUAAGACUGACGAUUCAACGACAAGUUAAUCAUAUUUUACAAUGUUGAUAUAACAUGUACAUACGCAUUAUACUUAAUAAAUAUCAGAGACCAUUCUACAACAAUAAAAAA